AUGUGGCGAUGGGUGCUGCCCCUUUGGUUAUUCCUGCUCAGGAGAGGGAAACCAAUGUGUGAAGGACCAAGAUCAGUCACAGCCUCCCAAAGGGCAUUCGACUACGACAUCUGCCUCAACCUCCACCAAGACAUCAACAACGAGGUCAACCGGCCUGCCGACAACUCAGCCUUCCACAACGGGUGGCUCAGCAACAACCACCCAACGUCUACCACAAAUGACGAGGCUACGGGUGGAAAGGCCGACACUUAUGGGCCAGACGUAGGGACAAUAGUCGGGGGAGUUGUUGCUGGGCUUACCGUUCUUUGUCUUGCUGGCUUCAUCAUUUUCUGUUGUCUCCGCCGAAGGGCACAUCAAGGUUCGGCCAGCAGCGAGAAGCCAGGAUCUACAACCAUCUCCGAACCUAUUCCCCAACCAAACUCUUAUCGUACCGAUUUUAUCCGUGAUGCACCAUCGACACCACCACGCACAGAUCACCCAUCUAUUCCGUGUAUUUCUGAAGAUCGAAUCACUCGCAGAUCCAUCCGAAAUCCUUUCAACUCCCCCAGCCCUUCGGACGCGGGUACGAACUCCAGGAUCCCCUCUUUCUGCGAGGAUAGCCCUCCUCGGCAGGGGCAGGUGGGUGCACGUCUUGCCCCCAUUCGUACAAUGAAGGCAUCCAGCCAGUACCUCAAGCCUCACCGAACCUCCAUUCACCGGCAGCCAAGUGGUGAAUGUAUCAAUGUGUUCGCGGAUUCAAACGCAGUUGAUGAUCAGUUUAAUCGACAGACCACAUUCACAGAACUCAUGGACAGGGCGGAUCUCAAAGGCGUUGGCCGCGACAAACCCUAUGUCCCCGGCACAACGCCGAGGAUAUAG